UCUGCGGCUCAGGAGACUCUGUGUCGGGCCAUGAUGUCCAAACUUCAGGCGGUGAAGGAGCUGGUGGCCGAGAGACUGGAGGAAGCUGCGGAGGAGAUACUGAGCUCUGUGGAGGAGGAGAAGAAGAAGAAGAAGCUGACAGCAGAUAUGUCUCCUGAGCAGCAGAGGGCAGCUGUACACAAGCGUCUGAUGGCGAUUGCUGACGAGAUCUUUAGGAUUCUGGAGAAAAUGAUGAGAGAAUACGAGGAAGAAGUCUCCAGUUCACACGAGGAGAUCGAACGUAAACGCCAACCGCUGAACAGACUGCAUCUCUCUACGUCGAACUCUGAAAAGGACACUUCCUCUGAGCAGAGCAGGAGCUCCAGUCGGGUCCAGGAAACAUCAGAUCUUCAGAUUAAAGACGCUUCUACGGAGACGGACUGUGAGUUGAUCCACGGUAAAUCCUCACAUCUCCACCAAACACAAAGAGCAGAAAAGUGCACCUCAACUAUGAUGGAAACAGAGAUGCUGCCACCUUACGACCACGAGGGUCUCUCAUCACACAAUUCAGAAUGUUCGAGUGAAGAUAAUGAUAGUAAGAUAAACGAAAACCAUCUAAAAGCAAACAAAAGAAAAACAUUUCAGAGACAAAGUCAGGCAGAAGAUUGCUGCGAAAUGUGUGGAAGGUCUUUCCUCAAAAGUGUCGCUGGGAAGAAAAUAAAAAAACAGGAAAGGAACAUUUCCUCAACAAACAAGAUCCAAACUACAGGACAGAGCUGUUGCAGAGUUUGCGGCAAGUUUUUCCGCUACAAACGUUCUUUUCUGAAACACGUUCUUGCGCACGAACAUAGCUCAGAUCUGUGUGGAGCCUGCGGGAAACAUCUGGACUCUGACGAGAGCUUGAAGGUGCAUUUACAAACCCACAACGAAGAACACAGCUGCAGGGAUCAGACGGAGGACAAGCAGUCCGAGGAGGAGUGCUCCGACGCCGAGAGUCAAGUGGGUGAGAGUGAUGAGGAGUGGAAGGACAGCGAGGGAAGUGAUGGCGAAGACGGAGCCAGCAAGAAAGAUGAGACCAAAGACGGACCCUGUUUACGAAACUCAAAAACAAAAGGAUCAAACAAACAUAAAGGACAUAAAAAUAAGGAGUACAAGGAUUUAUCGCAUCUGAAGUACCGCUGCAAAGUCUGUGGCAAGUAUUUCUGCUACAGAGCGUCUUUUCUGAAGCACGUUCAAGAAGACGAGGGCGAUACAGAUCUCUGCGGAGUGUGCGGGCAACGCUUCGAGUCCGAGGACGGCUUGAGGCUUCACUUGCAAACGUACGUCCGAACGAACGACUGCGAGGUCUGCGGCAAACACUUUGACAGCCACAAACAACUGGAGAUGCACAUGAGGACGCACACGGGGGAGAAACCGUACGUCUGCACCGUCUGCGGCAAAGCGUUCGCUCAGAACGGGAACCUGAUGGGGCACAUGAGAGCCCACACGGGGGAGAAACCGUACGUCUGCAGCGUGUGCAGUCAGAGCUUCAGCUUCAAGGAGUACAUGACGGCUCACAUGAGGAUCCACACGGGGGAGAAACCGUUCCUCUGCAGCGUCUGCGGGAAAGGAUUCAGACAGAGGGGGACGCUGAAGACUCACAUGAUGAUCCACACGGGGGAGUCCACGCACCGGUGCAGCGUCUGUGACAAGAAGUUCUACAAGAGCGGGGCGCUGAAGAUCCACAUGAGGUCCCACACGGGGGAGAAACCCUACCUGUGCAACGUCUGCGGGAAGAGCUUCACGGCGAGCGGCUCGCUGACCAAACACAUGGGCGUCCACGAGGGGGAGCGAACGCACGACUGCAGCGUCUGCGGAAAAGGAUUCGUGAGGAAGGAGGAUCUGAAAAGACACGUUCAGGCUCACGAGGAAGAACCCACUCAGCUAACAAGUCUUUAACGUCUUUAAAGGGAAUAGUUCAACAUUUUUGGCAAAAUUCGCAAAAUUUACUUUCAUUCUAAUAGAACAAUAAGCCGAUGACAGACAAUUAUUUGGCAACUAUUUUGCUGAAUGCUUUAUUUUUUAAGUCAAUUAUCAAGCCAAAACACCAAACAUUGCCUUGUUCCAGCAUUUCAGUGUGAGGAUAUGCUGGAAAGUUUCUGUAAUAGCAAAAAGAUAAUUUGGGGGUUUUGCACUUGAUCAAACAGAACUGGGCUUUAGGAGAUUUGCAUUUUUCACUAUUUUCUUACAUUUGUUAUCGUACGUUUUUGGUACGUUGUUCUUUGGGCACUCUGCAUUGUGAAUAUAUGAUGUAGUGAAAAUGGUUAAAUAGUUGCAAAAAAAAGUGAGCUAUGUUAAACUUUAAUUAAAAAAAAAUAACAAAACUACUUUGAGGGAAUCAGUUGCGAAAACUGACCUUUCUUGUUUCAGCAGAUUUGGUUUUUAGUUUUUUAUAAAGAAACCGUCAGUGGUAACUAAUCAAUCGGCAAGAUAUUCAUUAAUUUAAAUAAAAACAUCCAGAAUGGUUUGUUGUGUAAAUCAUCAGUCUGAUGAUGAUCACCACUGUUUAUAAUAUGAAAUAUUACUAUAUAAUAUAUUAUUUCUUUGAUAGAUAAAACUGAAAAACCAUAUGCAUGUGUCUUAGUCUGAUCACUUAACAAAAUUAUUUGACAAGAUUGUUUUUUUUUAAUGUAUUUAUUAAUUGAGAGAUGUUACACAACUUUUAAAUAUCUUCUCAAUUUAAUUGUAAUUAUUUUAAAAAUUGUCUUUUAUUCACAAAGUCGCAUAGAACGUUGCAACAGUAAACUGUUUAAAAUCAGUAAAUGCAGGAAAUGUGUCCGAAUGUUAUCUUUGUUAUGAAGAUGCAGUCUCAGAAUGCCUCAAUUUAUAAAAAAAUGUAUAAAACCAAAGUAUAUGUCAUUGUAUCAUUAUUUUUAUUGACAUCUGAGCCAUUAUUUCUUUGUUAAUGAUUUU